CCAACUUUUUUCGAGUUUAGCCCACUGUGCGGCGGUGGGAUGUGGCGGUGUUCCACUUGAGUGAAUCUUAAAUUCUCGGAUACCUCAGGAGUACGUCACACACGCGAAACGGAUAAUUUUCAGAAAGAUGCCUUUCAGCCAAGCGCGGAGAUCCGAUAAGAAGAUAUCUCGUUGCGAUGGCCUGCGCGCUCUUACGACCGAAAACUCCAGUCAGUGAUACCCGUUCCGUCGUCCGUGAUCCGACGCUGACGCCAGAGUGCCUCAGGGGACGCCAGAUACCGAUCUUCAUCGAGGUUCGUUGCAUCACGCCGAUACGAUCACGAGCGUGCAAAAGUCGCGCGUAAAAUCCGGAAGUUGGUCAUUCGGCAAUCGCCGGUGCGGUACUGUUCCGCGAGCGAUUAGUGCUCUUGCUUCGUUGUCAGUGCUACGCGCGUUCUCGAAACCUGACUAAACGUCACACCCGACGUCAACGUACAAUGUGCGUGUUGUCUAGUUGCCCAAUUUACCGUGACACAAUCACGUAGCUCGGAAGUGCGCUCUGUGCUUUGCAACUAAGCCGUUGCAUGUUCGAUAGCACUCGAGAAGCAUCAUCUUGCGCAGCUGGUGUCGCGGGUAUCGAUAUUGUAUUCGUCUACUACCGUCUUUAGCGUCCGAGCAAGUUCGUCAUCAGUGAAAGAAACACGAGGUCAUCGUCGAGUCGCGCGACAUUCUUGACGUGCUCGUCGCUGUUUUGCUGACGACGCGCACGUGUCACCGGCCCGCGAGUACGUGCGAGCGUUCGAGCACACGACUCGUUGUUUGUACAGGAGGUAACUGGCGAGUGCCGUUGCCCGGGAUUCAGAGAAACGGGUUCUCGCGGAUCUCUUCGCGUCGAAGGUCGACCUGCGCGUCUCUGCUCCGAUCGACUCGUCUGCAGUCACAGAUCGGCUGGAAUCAUGGUCACCGUGAACGGCAAGAUCGUGCGUGCAUCGGCCGGCGAGAUUAUACGGCUGCACUUUCUGUCCUUCGCCUAUGGCCUGUACCUGAUAGUCAAGCGGCUGCUGAAAUGGGCGUGGGAUCCCAAGAAAUUCUUCAUGCUGCAACAGCGUGAUCAGCCACCGCCGUGUCUGAUCGACAAUAGCCUCGGCACGCAUUCCUACGUGAAGAUCAAGGGUGUUAAAUUCCAUUAUGUGGAAGCAGGGGAUAAAAAUAAACCACUCGUGUUACUAUUACAUGGGUUUCCAGACUGCUGGCUAUCUUGGAGAGAACAAAUACCAUGUCUCGCUGAACAUUACAGAGUAGUGGCUAUAGAUUUAAAGGGUUUUGGCGACAGUGACAAACCGCUCAACAAACGAUCUUACAAACUUGAAACUUUGAUAGACGAGUUGAAACAAUUCGUUUUGACUCUCGGUGUGAGAACGUGUAACGUGAUCGGCCACGAUUUGGGAGGACUUUUGGGUUGGUACAUGGUCGCUCUACACGGAGACCUCGUUUACAAAUUUGUGGCUAUUUCGAGUCCGCAUCCCAACUUUUAUUGGAACAGAGUAUCAGGAAAUUCUGCAUUAGACAGCAAAUGGAUGCAUUUUAGUAGAUUGCCAUUUCUACCAGAAAUCGAUGCGCUUAAGGAAGACUUAUCUAUUAUUAACGAUACAUUCCGACAUCUGCAAAUGUCUGAAAAUGAAAUAGGAAGAAACUACGUUGAGGCGUAUAAAUACGCCUUCAGUAGAAAAGAGGAUUGGACAGGACCGAUCAAUUAUUAUCGCAAUCUUCCAUUCGCGAAACUGAACAUAGAUAGUGGCGAACAAAUUGAUAAUAAAACGCUGCUGAUAGUCGGAAAUAUGGACCCUCUCGUAACGAUAGAAAAUAUCAUUCAAAGUUCCGAACACGUAGAAGUAUCCAAGGUUAAAGUCAUAUCAAAUGGCCAGCAUUUUCCGCAUCAAGAAAAACCGGACGCCGUCAAUAAAGCAAUCAUCAAAUUUCUAAUAGGCACGACACAUAACUUGGAAAAGGUCCCGUCGAAGAGUAUCAUGUCUUCCUGGUUAGGAUCUUUAACUAAUACCGUUAAGUAUGGCAAUCAAAUGAUCGAUGCAGUACACAAACGAACUAACGGCGUAGUAAAUGCGUUGCCUAGCAAAGCACUUUAUUUGGGUCAAACAACAAGUUAGAUGGUAUUAUCUAACUUAUCCAGUUAAGUAUUUAGACUUUGUACCUUAUUUUAAAUCUAGAGGUCCUACCUGUGUGCGUUAAAACAUUGACGUAUAAAGCUCUUAAAAGGCUUAAAAUAUUCCCUUGUUCUCUUUUUCAUACAAACUUGCUCGUAACUUGCUCGUAACGAACAUUGUGAUUUCUGUGAAUGACAUACAUCCUAUCUAUCACAUUCACUUUUAUGGAAACGAUAUCAAAUUUUGAGCUAUUUUUAGAUCUUGUAUACGUUCUUGAUAAGAUCUGUAUGAAUAAUACGUAAUCAAGUAUAUUUUUUACGGUUGCAUCAGACCAUUAUUUGAUAAAAAACAGCGCUUUGAUAGCAAUUCAAGUCUAUGUAAAAAUAAAUUGUUAAUAUUCUCAAAAAAUACUGAUAUAAUAGUUUUAGCCGUAUUAAUUAAUAUCAAUAUUAAUUAAUAUUUAUAAAUAUAAUUAUGAUAUAAAUCUCUCAAUUAUAUAGCUAAUAAUAUAAUUAUAUGUGAUAUAAGUAGCUAAUAUUUUAUGCCUAUCAAAUUUGUAACAUCAAUAUAAGAAAUAUAUUAGACAAGCAUACUUAUAAUAUGUUAAAAUAUAUUAAUUGCAUAUUAAUUAGACAUUGCAAUAAAAGGCAUGCAGACUUUUCUGCAUACUCGAAUCUCACAACAAAUACUAGAAAUAUAUCAAUUGCGAAAUAUAUUAUUUAGCGCUAAGGAUUAAUAUCGUUUGUAAUGCCUUGUUGUCGAAAAGUGCAAUGUACAUAUUAUGCAAAUAUAUAAUUGUUAUAUAAAAUUAAA